AUGGACCAACACUACGCCGAUGCUGCUCCGUUUCAAGGCGUGUGGUUUGGGACCACCCCAACACACGACUUCUACCUGACGACUCUUGAGAAAGAACUGUUGCGGAUGUCGGCGAUGGAGCACUUGCACGCUUGCUGUUUAGAUGACCCCCAGCUGCCUACUGCGCGUGAUGGUGACAAGCACUCACUUCUGCGUAGCGUGCUGCACGAAUCGGCGCGAGUGUUUCUGUCUCUGGUGUUGCUCCUAUGCCUUCUAGCACACCUUCUCAACUGA